CAAUGCAGUAGUGGGGAGCAGAACAAGAGGGAGACUCCGGUUUUCUCGUUUGCGGUGCGGCAGAUACACGAUUUUUAUCACACAUAGAUUAUUAUGUAUAAUAAAUGGAGUAUAAUGCAAAAUUUCAACGAAUUACCCCAACAAAUGCAGUGCUUAUGUUCUCAUUCUAGUGACAAAUUUUGAAAAAUUACUCAACUCGUAAUAAUAGCCGUGGAGAAAGCAGUGAAAGAAAAAAAGAGUAAUAUUACUUCUGACGUGUCGGAGAAAACCGGACGCCCUGGAGACAGUAAAGUCAUAAAGUGAAGUUGUAAAACCAUUGAAAAAAAGAGACACAGAAUUCAUAUCAGGGUCGUGCAAAAAAAAAUUAAACUUCCACAACAUAAACCAAUGACUUCGGGACAAUCUAAUGCAUUCAACCUUUAAACUCACUGAAUUUCCUUCAAUUAACCCCGAAGUGAUUAUUCAAUAAUUUCUACAUCCUCAAGACAUCAAAGAAGAUUCAUGUCAUUAAUCCAACAUAAAAAUGGAUGAGAAAAUAUCUAAGUUGGAAUUGGGUUAUCUCUCAUCGUAGGAAUUUGGAAUAUUCUGAAAAAUAAAUUGGUAAAAAAAUGUGGAAUCUUUGAAACGUAAAUUGAUUAAUAUGUGAAAGUGAACGCCCAGGUGAAAUGUCGACAUGAAGUCACCUGCAUGUACCCUAAAAGACAUUAAAUACACCUGAAAUAAUCAUCUUUUUCUCUUUUGCAAACGCUUGGGAGAUAAUUCUAAAAAAAUGCUAAAAAAAAAAUUAAAAACAACGUGCACUACAGUAUGAAAAUCACUGAGAUGUAAAAUAGUGAUAAAAAAAAAUCUUAAUUAUUUUUGUGAACGGAGAUUGAAGGGGUCUAAGAUGGCGGGCUCCUUAACGUGGUCAUGUACUUGUUGUUUGAGAUUCAAAUUCAGUCCUGAGGAGAUUGAACAGAGGUAUAAGAGCCAGGAGAUUGAUAGAAUGCUUGAGAAGGAUAGGCAGGCUUUUAGAAGACAGGUCAAGCUACUGUUACUUGGCGCAGGUGAAAGUGGUAAAUCAACGUUUCUGAAACAGAUGCGAAUUAUUCAUGGUAUCAAAUUUGAACCGGAGUUAGUCAAGGAAUACCAGCAUGUUAUAUACCAGAACAUAAUAAAAGGUAUGAAAGUUCUCGUUGAUGCGCGUGAUAAGCUAAACAUACCGUGGGAGAAUCCAAAGAAUUACGACAUUGGUUAUCAGCUACUGAAGUUUGAGAAUACCAUGAUACUGGAUGCCAGAUUAUUUCUGCAUUAUGUUCCCUCAUUGCAGAGCUUGUGGCACGAUGCGUCAAUCAGAAAGGCAUUUGAUCGAAGAAGAGAGUUUCAACUGAGUGACUCUGUGCAGUAUUUUCUUGAUAAUUUGGAUCGAAUAGCAAGAGUGGAAUAUGUGCCAACACAUCAAGAUAUAUUACACUGCAGAAAGGCAACGAAAGGAAUUUCUGAAUUUGUUAUUCCAAUAAAUAAUAUACCGUUUCUGUUUGUGGAUGUUGGGGGACAACGAUCACAGAGGCAAAAGUGGUAUCAAUGCUUCGACUGUGUUACAUCGAUUCUUUUUCUCGUUUCAUCAUCAGAGUUCGACCAGGUUUUAUUAGAAGAUAGGAGAACUAAUAGACUCGAAGAAUCAAGAAACAUCUUCGACACAAUAGUAAACAACAUGAUAUUCGGUGGUGUAUCGAUAAUUCUCUUCCUCAACAAAACUGAUCUACUCGAGAAAAAAGUUAAAUCGUCGGACACUAAUGUAAGUUGGUAUUUUCCACAAUUUAACGGUGAUUCACAUUCCAUUAAAGACGUGCAGAGCUUUAUACUCAAUAUGUUCAUAUCUGUUAAACGUGAUCCACGUAAAUCCCUGUUCCAUCAUUUUACAACAGCUGUUGAUACGGAAAAUAUUAAAGUUGUAUUCAAUGCUGUUAAAGAUACCAUUUUACACAGAAAUUUGGAGUCUCUCAUGUUACAAUAAAUGCUGAUCACGUUGCGACGUAGAAAAAAAAACUGAUAUAUAUGAUUGUUUGGAUGGAAACGAUAAAUGAUAUGAAAUUCGAAUUCCGUACCACAAUUUUUUUUCUUCAUUCCAUUCAAUUCGUAAAUAUUCAAAAUUUCCGAAUUUUGUACAUAAAUUACUACUAUAUUGAGUACAGAAAAAGUAUACUGAAACAUUGAACAUCUGAGAAAGGAAAAAACUACGCUAUGAAGUAAACGAUAUAUCUAGGACAUUUUUCACUUCCAAAUUUUAGAUAUUUAAUCUGGAUAGUUCUGUAAUCUAAACGAAAGAAACAAUAACUGCCGGAUUAUGCAUCCAUAUUAUAGAUUUUUAUUACAUUUUUAUAUACAACACCAAUAAUUAAGUAGGGAAACGAUGAAAACAAGUGUCUAACAAUGUCUGACAAAUUGUCUGAUGAAUAUUUAUUGACGGCGUUCGGCCGCUUGGAAAUAUUGUGGAAACCAUAAAGUUUCAGAAGUCCGAAAAAUUGCAAAUAAUGUAGGUACCUCUUUUAAAAAAUGACAUUGACUUGAGUGAGACUAUCAAAUGCAGUCACAAUUUUGAAGUAACUACAAAAAACUAUUUUACCUUAUACGGGGUAAAAACUCGCAGAGUUCCAUGAUUCUAAUCAAAAUAAAUUUCAGUUUCAGCCCCAUAAGUCUAUGAAAAAUAGCAUUAGAGGAAUAGAUAUUAUACUGUUAAUCGAACGUGAAUCGUCAGAAAAUUUAUAGUAGAAUCCUUCCUUGAUACAUAAUUUCAAUUUCUCAAACCUUAGCGAAAAAUUACUAUGAAAAGUAAUUCACUGCAAUCUGAUGUUUCUAUCGGCAAACCAAAAGAAAAUCCGAUGGCCCUCUGUUUUUAAACGCCAUAUUUCGUUACCGACGAGAGGAAAUUGCUUGCAAUAGGAGCAAUUACAUGAACAUUAGAACAGAAUCUUCUGUAAAGACGAAAUUGUGUUAAAUAAAUAAUAAUUAGUUCUGGAAAAAUAUCGAUUAAAAGUGAUCGAAUUGAUAAACUUUAAGACGACAAUGUUACCAUUUGAAUUAUUGAGUGAAAAGAAGCAGAAAUCUGAGGGUUAAGACCCAGUAAACAAGAAAAAGGGAAAAGCUCGAGACCGAUGAAAAAAUCAGAAGAUUCACAUUGAUCGUUCGUUCGAUCUUUUUUUAUUUUACAAUAAUCUGUAUUUGCUGGUCUCACACAAGCUUCACUGCUCAUUUGUUAAAAAUGCACUUCCGUCAUACCUACACGGAAAGUUCGAUUUUACUCCCCAAAUGACGGGAAGAAAGUGGCCUAUUCUCUCCCUCGGAUUUCUAUUGUUUUUGAGCAUCCUCGGGAUAACAUAACCCACAUUCCUCCCUUCAUUUACGAAGAAAAAUCGAACUUUUCCGUGUAGCCAUGACGGAAAGAACAAUGUGCACCGCGGAAGGGAAACAGGACAUUCAAACCCGCGUGGUUACCACCCUCGGCUUCGCCUCGGUUCGGUAAUACCCACGCGGGUUGGAAUGCCCUGUUUUCCUCCCAUGGUGCACAAUAUACUAUUCUACACUAAGGUCUCCUAAAAAUUACUUUCUGCUUGUAGAACUUUUGAAAAUCAGUCACAUUUUUUGGUAAUUGAAAAACAUUUUUUUUUAUAAAAAUGUACUUCAAAAACGGAUUUACUUUAUGUCUACUUCGGAAAAGAGACGAAGAAAACUUUGUAUAUGAUCAUUUUGCAGUUUUUUCAUUUUUCACUUGUUCAAUAGCUAUGGAAAUAUGCAUAUUUAUUUGAAAAAGAUCCAUUUUUCAUUCACGUUAUUGAUUGAUUAGCUUGCGAAACAGAUGCAGCUCAAAUAUUUUUUCUCAUGUUUAACAUUUAUAUAAAUAAAAAAAAUUAUAAUCGAUUUGAUCGUG